AUGAACUCGAUGGACGAAAUCAACCUGCUUCGGCAGGCGCAGCGGCAGCAUCAGCACCACCUCAUGGUGCGCGGCAUCGGCGAGGAGAUCGACCUCGAGAUCGGCCCCGGCGACGACCCCUCGUUCUCCGGGGCUUCCUUAGUGACCGUCACGUCCACGCACGACACCGUCGUCCACGCCGACGACCACAAGAGCCUCCUCAUCCCGUGUUCGCAGACCGGCGCGGCGGACGGGCUGGCGCCGCAGCAGCAGCACCUGGCGCAGGGGGAGGAAGAGCAUGACGGGAUGCUCAGGCAGCCGUCGGGGCACACCAAGAAGAAGAAGAAGGUGGUGAAGAAAUGGCGGGAGGAGUGGGCGGACACCUACAAGUGGGCCUACGUCGCCGUGCACGACAACACCACCAGGAUCUUCUGCUCGGUGUGCAAGGAGUACGGCCGGAAGCACCGCCGGAAUCCAUAUGGCAACGAGGGAAGCAGGAAUAUGCAGAUGAGUGCGCUUGAGGAGCACAACAAUAGCUUGUUGCAUAAGGAGGCGCUCCGGUUGCAGAUGGCCUCCAAGGAGAAGUUGCAGCCUCCCGAGAUCGAGAGGCCGGUCUAUGUCAAAGCUUUAUCAAAAACAGCAGCAUCAAUACUUGAAUGUGUCCUAAGGAGGGAUCCCCAUGAAGCUGAAUAUAUACAGUCCAUCCAGGAGGUGGUUCAUUCCUUAGAACCUGUUUUGGUGAAGAAUACCCAAUAUAUUCAAAUUUUGGAGCGUUUGUUGGAACCUGAGAGAUGCUUUAUCUUCAGAGUGCCAUGGAUUGAUGACAGAGGUGAAGCACAUGUCAAUAGAGGUUUCCGUGUGCAAUUCAGUCAGGCGUUAGGUCCAUGCAGGGGUGGUCUUCGGUUUCACCCAUCCAUGAGCUUAAGUGUGGCAAAGUUUCUGGCCUUUGAACAUACUUUGAAGAAUGCUUUGUCACUAUAUAAACUUGGAGGUGCUGCUGGAGGAAGUGAUUUUGAUCCAAAGGGUAAAAGUGAUAAUGAGAUAAUGCGCUUUUGCCAAAGUUUCAUGGAUGAGCUGUAUAGAUAUUUGGGCCCUGAUCAGGAUUUUCCCACUGAAGAUAUUGGUGUUGGUCCAAGGGAAAUGGGUUACCUUUUUGGGCAGUAUAGACGCCUUUCUGGUCAUUUUCAGGGAAAUUUUACAGGACCUAAAAUUUUCUGGUCAGGGUCAAGUUUUCGAACAGAAGCUACUGGAUACGGGCUGGUGUUUUUUGCGCGUCUUUUACUUGCUGAAAUGAACAAAGAGCUUAAAGGAUUAAGAUGUGUGAUCAGUGGUUCUGGAAAGAUAGCAAUGCAUGUUUUGGAAAAGCUUUUGCCUUGUGGAGCCAUUCCUGUUACUGUCUCAGAUUCAAAGGGAUAUUUGUUAGAUGAAGAUGGGUUCGAUUAUAUGAAAUAUUCACUUCUAAGGGAUAUUAAGGCUCAGCAAAAGAGCCUCAAGGAGUACUUGAAAUCGUAUCCACAUGCCAAGUAUAUUGAUGAUGCAAAACCAUGGAGUGAGCAGUGUGAUGUUGCAUUCCCUUGUGCAUCACAUAAUGAGAUUGACCAAGAGGAGGCCGUUGCAAUCAUCAACUCUGGUUGUCGUGUUCUUGUCGAAUGUUCAAAUAUGCCAUGCACUGUUCAAGCUGUUGAUAUCCUAAGAAAGGCAAAAGUUAUUGUUGCUCCAGCAAAGGCAACUGCUGCUGGUGGGGUAGCACUUGGAGAGCUUGAAUUGAAUCCAGAGUUUAAUUUGAUGCAGUUGUCAGUGGAGGAUUUUGAGAAUAAAAUUCAAGAUGCAAUAAAGCAAACAUAUGAAAGGUCGGUCAAAGCUGCUCAAGAUUACGGGAUCAUGAAAGAGAGCCCCGAGUUUGUUUUCUUGUGCUUUGCAAAAUCAGACGAUGCUUUCACUUGGUUUCAGUCGAGAAGCUGA